AUGGACCAAGGAGAAGAACAAGAUCAUGAGGCCUUCAAGGAGACACACAUGGGUUGUGAGCUAGGUCCCCUUCCAGAUCACCUUGCAAGCACAGAUGUACAGGACGUGUUGGCAGAGGGGUCCAGGGGAGGAGAGGAACGGUUGAGGGACAGCCAUGGAAGUCAGCAUGGUUCCUCAGAGGCUCAGCCAGGUGACUGCGAGGAGGAAGAAGAGGCUAAGUUGCCUUGCUCUGAUAUCGGCCUGGUGAAAAGACAGGAGAGAAGGGUGGCAGCAGCCUCACGGCGAGCCCCUCACGCAGAGCGGCCCACCAUCUGCUCUGAGUGUGGCAAGGGCUUCAGUCGGAGCAUCCACCUCAUCCAGCACCAGCGAAUGCACACUGGGGAGCGCCCCUUCCUGUGCGGGGAGUGCGGCAAGGGCUUCAGCCAGAGCUCCCACCUCAUCCAGCACCGGCGGGUCCACACGGGCCAGAAACCCUACACCUGUGCCGAGUGUGGGAAGAGCUUCAGCCAGAGCUCCAACCUCCUCAAGCACCAGCGCAUCCACACCGGGCUCAAACCCUAUGUGUGCAGCGAGUGCGGAAAGAUCUUCAGCGACAGCUCCACCUGCAUCAAACACCAGCGUAUGCACACGGGUGAACGGCCCUACAAGUGCCCAGCCUGCGGGAAAAGCUUCAGCCAACACUCCCACCUCCUUCAGCACCAGCGAGCCCACGACGGCAUCCGGCCUUAUGCCUGUGAGCAGUGUGGCAAACGUUUUGGGCAGAGCUCUGACCUCAUUAACCAUGCUCGUACCCACACUGGCGAGAAGCCUUACAAAUGCAGCCAGUGUGGGCGGGGCUUCAGUGGCAACUCCAACCUCAUCAAGCAUACCCGCAUCCACACCGGGGAGCAGCCGUACCACUGCGCCCGGUGUGGGGAAAGCUUUCGGUUCCAGCCCCAGCUGGUGCGCCACCAGAAGCACCAUACAGAGUAG